AAUUGAUGCUCCGUUUGUCCUCAUGGUGGCGCUGGAUGCUGAUGAGCAGCUGCAGAAGUCAUCAGGUCAACCAGGUUCAGGUGUGAAGGUUGUUCAGCUGAAGAGUCAUGAAGGCAGAUCACAGUCUGCAGCUCCACGGCUGAACUGCACAGGUUUCUUCAGAGUGAUGAAGGAGGAGAUCGCCGCCGCCGUGUUCUUCGUGGCUCGUCUGGUGAAGAGAUACGGUUGCCUGGACAACGAUGGCAGGGAGCGCUUCGCUGCGGCCCUCACAGCUGUGCUGUUUGAGAACUACAAGAACCACUGGCACCCCGGAGCCCCCACCAAGGGGCAGGCCUACAGAUGUCUGCGCAUGAACCACGUUCUGCUGCAGGACCCGGUUCUUCAGCAGGCCUGUGAGCGUGGCGCCGUGCGCUACGAGGAUCUGGGCCUCCCUCAGGAGCUGACGGUGUGGGUGGACCCCGGAGAAGUGUCCUGCAGGUACGGGGAGCAGAGCACUCCCUUCUGCGUCUCUGUGGUGGAAAGCUGCCGGCGUCGAGAUGGAGAGUUUUCCCGCCGCAUCCACGAUGCAGUGGAGCGAGCGGGCCUCGAGGUCCAGUCCGGGAGUUCCUCUGAUGAGGAGGAGGUGAGCCGGGACAAAAGCUUCAGCAGCACUUCAUCAGCUCCAUGUCCCGCCGGCGCCGAACCCAAAACCAUCCCAACGGUCAGCAACCCCAACAGCGUCUACAGGUUCAGCGAGUUCUCCCCGGGAGCGCCCCAGACCUGGCUGAGAGAAAAGCGGAAGUGCUUUGGGGACCCCUUCCAGCCUCAUGCUCCCCCUGCCGGAGGUCCACCUUCCCAGUACUCCACCCAGAAAGGCUUCAAGUCCUACCGAGCCACCUUCACCUUCACCGGGCCGCGUAUCGACAAGUACCACUGGGUCAGCAAAACGCGCUCCUGAUGCCCGGAGCUGCAGAGCACACUUUGUUUCAGGACUUUUGUCAAAUCUUUAAAUGACUUUAAUAUUUGUAAAUGUAUUGAUUUAAUGUAAUGCUGUUUAAGCAGGUUUUUAGUAUAUCAGAAUAUUUUAAAUUUUUAACAUUAAAGCAAGUGUGAAUAAAGGAAGUUGAACUGCGAAAGAAAAGAAAUAAAUGUGUCAGUAU